UGACAUGGAAGCCCCCAUGCGCGCAUCCGAACUGUAAAGGCACUGACUGUCACCCCGAUACCUUUCUUUGUUCUGUUUUCGUGUUUCUGCAGAUAUGAGGUAUUUACUCCAACUCGGGCACUCGUUUGCACGCCUUCACGUCCGUUUAUGUCACCAGAGUGUUUACAGCAACCACGCAAAUCCACGAGGACUGGUAGUGGACCUUGGGGAGAAGAAACUUGAGAUCUCUUCAGGGAGGUUUGCUAGAUUUGCUGAUGGAUCUGCUGUGGUACAGCUGGGCGAUACCUCUGUGAUGGUGACCGCUGUGAGCAAAACCAAACCUUCUCUGUCUCAGUUCAUGCCUCUUGUGGUGGACUACAGACAGAAAGCAGCUGCUGCGGGUCGAAUCCCCACGAACUAUUUGAGGCGAGAGAUGGGCACCACUGACAACGAGAUCCUCACCAGCAGACUCAUAGACCGGGCGAUCAGACCGCUGUUCCCUCAUGGCUACUUUUACGACACUCAGGUCCUUUGUAACCUGCUGGCAGUUGACGGCGUCAAUGAUCCAGAUGUGCUGGCCCUUAACGCAGCGUCUGCUGCUCUAUCCCUGUCUGACAUCCCCUGGCAUGGACCCAUAGGUGCCGUGCGCGUGGGCAUGGUCGAUGGAGAGCUGCUGAUCAACCCCACUAGGAAAGAGAUGACGUCCAGCACUCUUAACCUCAUCGUGGCCGGAGCUCCCAGCAGUCAAGUGGUGAUGAUCGAGGCGUCGGCAGAGAACGUGCUGCAGCAGGACUUUUGCCACGCGGUGAAGGUGGGAGUCAAACACACCCAGCAGAUCAUACUGGCCAUCCAGCAGCUGGCGCGAGAACAGAAGGUCACCAAGCGCACGUUCAAGGUCUUCUCAGCCCCGACUGACAUGGUGGAGCAUGUUCGGCAGUCAUCUUCCAAGAAGAUCUAUGCUGUCUUCACUGAUUACACUCAUGAUAAGAUUUCAAGAGAUGAAGCAAUCAACAAAGUCCGACUAGAAACGGAAGAGGACCUAAAAGAAAGGUUCCCUCAGGCUGACCCCUAUGAAGUCAUUGAAUCCUUCAACACUGUGAGCAAAGAAGUCUUCCGCAAUUUAGUGCUGAAUGAGUACAAGAGGUGUGAUGGGAGGGAGCUGAUGGCUUUAAGGAACAUUUCCUGCGAUGUGGACCUCUUUAAACCGCUGCAUGGCUCAGCUCUGUUCCAGAGAGGACAAACACAGGUGCUUAGCAGUGUCACGUUUGAUUCCCUGGAAUCCAGUGUCAAGGCAGAUAUUAUCACCACAGCUUUGAGCGGCAUCAAAUCCAAAAAUUUCAUGCUUCAUUAUGAGUUCCCUCCAUAUGCAACCAAUGAGACUGGGAAGAUGGGAGGCAUCAACAGGAGGGAGCUCGGACACGGGGCCCUGGCUGAGAAAGCACUGAGACCAGUCAUUCCUAAAGACUUCCCUUUCACUAUCCGGGUCACUGCUGAGGUGCUGGAGUCAAACGGUUCUUCCUCGAUGGCUUCAGCAUGUGCAGGCAGCCUCGCUCUAAUGGACGCAGGUGUUCCCAUCUCUUCUGCUGUGGCAGGUGUAGCAGUUGGCCUCAUCUCCAAGGCCAACCCGGAGAAACCUGCUGAGAUGCAAGACUACAGACUACUCACUGAUAUUCUGGGAAUAGAGGACUACCUUGGAGACAUGGACUUCAAAUUGGCAGGGACAAACAAGGGCAUCACUGCUUUACAGGCUGACGUGAAGAUCCCAGGUUUGCCUCUGAAGGUGGUCAUGGAGGCCAUCCAGCAGGCCACGGUGGCAAAGAGGGAGAUCUUGGGCAUCAUGAACAAAUGUACAGCAAAACCCAGAGAGACAAGGAAAGAGAAUGGACCUGUUGUUGAAAAUGUCCGGGUGCCUGUUUCCAGACGAGCUCGCUUCGUCGGUCCAGGCGGCUACAAUCUUCGCAGGUUACAAGCCCAAACGGGUGUGACAAUAAGUCAGAUGGACGAGGAGACAUUCUCUGUGUUCGCUCCAACACCAGGAGCCAUGAAUGAAGCCCAAGACUUCAUCAGUGAGAUCUGCAAAGAUGAUCAAGAGCAGCAGCUGGAGUUUGGUGCUAUCUACACUGCCACCAUUAUUGAGAUAAGGGACAUUGGUGUGAUGGUGAAGCUUUAUCCCAACAUGAGUGCUGUCCUGCUGCACAACUCACAGCUGGACCACAAACGGAUCAAACAUCCAAGUGCUUUGGGUUUAGAGGUGGGACAGCAGAUACAGGUCAAGUACUUUGGACGGGACCCAACAGACGGCAGGAUGAGAAUUUCGCGGAAGGUGCUCCAGUCUCCUGCUGCGACGGUUGUCAAGACGCUGAGUGAGAAACAGAGCAUCUCCAUGGGUCCAAGCGACGGCCACACGACCAGCGGCGAUUUGUGACACACCAACACAACGACUUCUGGCUUUGCCAACAAAGUGGAUUCAAACCGAGUCGAUUUUUUGCUACAAGACGUUUCUGUUGAUAAAUCGACCAAACCAAGAGCAACAGUACAUAAAGAGGUGUCCCCUGCUGUCGUGGGUACGGAUGUGAUUAAACGGCACUGGAAUAAACCGUCGCUCAUCAAGUGCAGCGUCCUGCUGUCAUCGGUGGAUAGGCACCGACUGAAAAGAACACUGAGCGGGAGACUCAUUUUAAAGUUUUAUUUUGAAGUGUACUCGUUUUACGGUGUCUUGUUUUCGGAUCGGCCCCCUCUGUUAUCAUUGACAGCAUCGAGCAGUAAGAGGGUUUUCUUUCAGCACUUCCUCCAAUGUCAUCUCGCAGCUUUCACCGUGCAAUGUAUCAAUGGUUUCCUUAUUCACACGUGCGAUAAUACUGCUCUUGUGGUAUUGUGAGAUUUCCAUAUUUGGUGUCCGCUGUGGCAGUGAGUCCUCUAAGCUGCCAGGAUCAGGACAUGGACAAAGAAAGCAAAGUGGGAAGAACACGGUGUACAGUUAUAUUCAAAUUUUUUUUUUUUUUUUAAAUAUUCCCUUGAGUUUUGCAGUAUAUGUGAGUCAUCUGUAAAAAUUACUGGUUGCUUUGUAAUGUUAAAAUUCACAACCAUUCACAAGUAUAGCAUGGACACAUAAAGGAACCAGACUUCUAUGUCGCACAAUAUUCAGAUGCCAACAAAGAAAUACACUUAAGUGCCAGAAAUUGUCAAAAAUAAUCUGAUGUUUGAGAGUUUCACACACCCACGUGAUGUACCCUGAGUCUUAAGAGAAUUGUGAAAUGCCUACGUUCCCAAAUUCGCUCUUGCGCUAAGCAUAUGUUGUAAACUGAAAAAAGUAUUCUGAAUAAUUCACAAAACAGUCACUAUCAGUUGUAUAAGAUAUCUUUGUGUAGGGGAAGAACAGUACCUACUGCAGCACGGAGGAUUUUUUUUUUUUUUUUUUUUUAUAGGUUGGAGUACACUUGGGAUGCUCAAAUUAAA